AUGAAGGUCGCUGUGGUCAAUCCGCGGCCCGGUCAGAGUCCGAUCUCGAUCGCGAUCAACGAAAUGUCGAAGCGGAAAUCUCCGUCUGUCGUGGCGAUAUCCAACGGCGAUAGGCUCCUGUCAGAGGAAGCCGUUGGAAUCGCUGCGAGGUACCCCGAUCGCGUGUACACACGAGCAAGGGACAUGGUCGGCGUUCCAGUAGAUGAGGUUAAGGAACUACUAAAAAGCAGCUAUCUUCCGUACGAUGUCGUCGGAGGGGAUGGGAGGCCGGAAGAAGAAACGGAAGACGACUCAAUGGAGUCGGAAGUCAUCAGCGAGGUGACGUCAGAUACAGACGGCGACUCGGCUUCGGAGCGGUCGUCAGGCAAGGACAAGGCGAAGAAAUUGAAGCGGAAGCGUCCCGUGCGGAUUCGAACCCAUGACCGCUCGACGGAGUACUCCGCUGAAGAGCUGCUCGCGAUGCAGCUGGGUUACGCCAAGGGACUAGCGGAUGCUCACGGAAGAACGGGGAUUGUGGACGCUGUCAUUAGCGUUCCCGCGUACUUCUCCCAGAGCCAGAGGCAGUCGAUUAUUGACGCUGGCGCUCUGGUUGGCGUGAAUGUGAUGGCGUUGAUUCAGGAGCAUGCGGGAGUUGCGCUGCAGUACGGCAUGGAUAAGGAUUUCAGCAAUGGCAGUCGACAUGUGGUUAUCUUCGACAUGGGUGCCACGUCGACCUAUGCGGCCGUGAUUUAUUACUCGGCGUACGCGACGAAGGAGCGCGGGAAGAGCAUCACUGUGAACCAGUUUCAGGUGAAAUCCGUGAGAUGGAACGCGGAUCUGGGGGGGCAGACGCUGGAGGCGCGCAUGCUGGAGCACUUCGCGGACGAGUUCAACGCGAAGCACAGCGGUGUGGAAAUCCGCACGUCGCCCAAGGCCAUGGCGAAGCUGAAGAAGCAGGUGAAGCGCACCAAGGAGAUCCUCAGCGCCAACUCCGAGGCCCCCAUCUCUGUGGAGUCGCUCUACGAUGAUCAUGACUUCAGAUCAUCCAUCACUCGGGAGAAGUUUGAAGAGCUGUGUGCGGAUGUGUGGCCUCAAGUGGUGGCACCGCUGCAAGGGGCGAUAGCUGACGCCAACAUCACCAUGGACGACAUCUAUGCCGUGGAGCUCGUGGGGGGAGCGACUCGUGUUCCUAAAGUGCAGGUGAGUAGUGGGCUGGAGAGAGACAUAGGUGAAUCGCUGCAAGGGGCGAUAGCAGGCGCCAACACCACUGUGGACGACAUCUAUGCCGUGGAGCUCGUGGGGGGAGCCACCCGUGUGCCCAAAGCUCCGUCUGUGCUGACGGAGGCACUGGGUGGCAACCGCUCGCUGGAUCGCCACCUGGAUGCUGACGAGGCGCUCGCUCUAGGCGCGUCCUUGCUGGCAGCGAACCUGAGUGACGGAUUCAAGCUCAACCGUCGGAUCGGCAUGAUCGACGGGCUGCCGUUUGCUGUCAAGUACCGGGUGGAGCCUUUGCCUGUGGAUGCGGGUGCUGGGGGUGAUGGUGGGGCUGGCGAGGCAGUGGAUGGAUCAGAAGGGUCUGUGGUGGAGGAGAUGCUGUUUCCACGAUUGAAGAAGAUGCCCAUUAAGAUCAUCCGGUCGCUGAAGGAGCAAACGAGUGACUUCACCCUCUCGUUCCUGUACGAUGAUUCACAGGGCCUGCCCCCCCGGUGGCCCAAGGGUGCUCCCAUUUCCACUCUGCACGUGUCUGGCGUGGCCAAGGGCAUUGCCAAGUACUCGGGGUACAACCUGACGCACCCCAUCAGGGCGAGCCUGCACUUCCACCUGACCCGCAGCGGCACAGUGGGGCUUGAGAAGGCAGAGCUGGUCGUUGACUUCUCUGAAUGGAUUGAAGUGCCGGUUAUCCCGCCCCCGUCCGCUGCCAACGCCACUGCUAACGCCACUGCCAAUGCAACUGCGAAUGCCACUGCUGCCAACGCUACUGGUGACGGUGCUGCGGGUGGUGCUGGUGAUGAUGGGUCAGAGGCAGCUGCAGCGGAGAAAGAUGUUUCAGCAGGAGAGGGCAGCAGUGACGUUGGGAGCGAAGGCGCAGGAGAGAAGGGAGAGGGCGAGAAGGGUGGAGAGGAGGCGGGGAAAGACGGGGAGAAGAAGGGGGAGAAGGAAGGAGAGAAGGAGGCAGAGGCGCCUAAAGUGCAGAUGAGGAAGAAGCUAAGGAAGAGGACGAUCAGGGUGCCUCUGCAGGUGUCUGAUACGACUGAAGGGUUCCAGCGCAUGAUGACGGACGAGGAGAUGACAGAUGCCGAGAUCCGAUUGGACAAGCUGAAGAAGAGGGACGAGGAGAAGCGAGCCGUUGCUGAGGCGAAGAACACCCUGGAGGCUUAUAUCUACUCCAUGAAGGAUAAGAUGGAAUCAGAGGAGGAUCUGAUCAAGGUCACCACGGAGCAACAGCGCGACUCCUUCCGCUCCCAGCUAGUUGAUGCCGAGGACUGGCUAUACAUGGAUGGGGAGAACGCCAAGGCAGCAGAGUUCAAGGCCAAGCUGGGUGACCUCAAGAAAACCGGAGAUGCCUUCAUGUUCCGCAAGAACGAGCUGACUGCUCGCCCUGCUGCUGUCGGUGUUGGCCGUUCCUUUGCCGACUCCACGUAUGAUCUACUGGAGUCGUGGAGAACCGAGAAGCCAUGGUUGAACGCCACCACUGACAUUGACCCGGUUUUGUCUGACGUGGAGGGCUUUAUUAAGUGGCUUGACGAGAAGACAGCAGCUCAAGCCAAGAAGCGUGCUCAUGAGGACCCAGCCUUUUCAUCGAAGGAGGUCUACAGCAGAGUGGAUACCAUCGAAGCCAAGGUGAAUCGUGUCAAGCGAAUCCCGAAGCCGAAGCCCAAGAAGGUUCCUGCACCUCCCUCUUCCCGCAACGCCACCACCAGCAACAACACCACUGGUGCUUCUGAUUCUACCACUGAAACCCCUUCCUCCUCUUCCACUAAGGACAAAAGUGCCUCCCCGCCACCGGCCGGCGGUGAGGAGAAAGGAAAGGGCGAGGAGUGGAAGGAUGUGCGAGAUGAGUUGUGA